UUACGGGACAACUUACUGUCCCGUAUAGGUUUCCCCAAAUUACGGGACAAUGAAAAAUUCGUGCCUGAAAUACGGGACAAUCCGUAAAAUACGGGACAGCUGGUCAUCCUAACUGUUACCUACGUACUGAUUAUAUGCUCUUUGGUGUUAUCGGUCAUAUAUUACAUAUAAACAGCAAAUCUAGACACGCCGAUCAUUAUCCAAUUGGCAAUUAAGGAAAGCGUCUAGUGCUCCAAAACCAUGAAAAUUAAUCCGGAAAAUACGAUGAAUGGUGACUUGAUGGACAAUCACUACAAUCUUGGACACUUUUUUAUGGACUUCAUGACCAAGUUCCCUGAAGACUGUGUUUGGCAGAUCGACGCUGGUACAGGCAAGACAGAAUCGAAGUUGUCUGUAAAGAGCCGGUCGAUACGAUUGGCGAGAUGCCUCCGUAACGCGGGCCUGCGGCCGGGCGACGUGGCCGUCGUGUGCGGCAGGAACCAUCUGGACGUCCACAUCCCCUUCUAUGCAGCAUUUAUGAACGGGCUACCAUUGGCUGGAAUUGAUCCUAUUAACAGAUACGGUAAGCUGUACGAAAUCAAAUUUCAUUUUAAGACGACGAAACCAAGAAUAGUCUUCUGUGAAGUGGAAAAUUUCGGCGACAUAGAGAGAGUCGUGAAAGAUCUCGAACUUGAUACGAAGCUGGUGACAUUUGGUGACGGUGAUCACUCGUUAGAAAAGUUCUUGGAGAUAUACGAUGACCAUGAACCGGAACACACAUUCAAAUCAUUCAUUUUCAGAGUGGCGAGCUUCGAUACGGACAAGGUGUUCGCUUGGCUCAUCAGUACGAGCGGAACCUCGGGACUGCCCAAGGUUGCAGCCUUCAAGCACCCUGACGUCAUCAAGGGAAUUCGAAUAUACGAAUUGCUCAAAGGAAAAGAAAUUCAACCAGCUCUGAACUUGUCAAGUGUGCAGUGGAUAUCCUCGUACCUAGCGUCUCUCGCCAUGAUCACCGCCAACCACACCAAGGUGCAAUCUUCGUCCCCCAUCACCAUCGAGCACGCUAUUGACAUCAUCAACAAAUACAGGCCUGUUGUAAGCACCGGGAGUCCACUUCUGUUUUCUGGCAUCACCAGGCAUCCAAAGUUUUGUGACUUGACUAGCUUCAACUGCAUCGUCCUUACCGGUUCUACCUUGAAGCCACAGAUUCUCCAACUACUCGAAUCAAGAAUGCAUCCAAAAGCUGAGGUGUGGAAUCUGUACGCUCAGACGGAGUGCGUAGGACCUAUAUUCCUCCCUUGCCCACACGGCCCUGCAGGGAAUGUGGGGAAAGAAUUACCAGUAGUAAAAGUACAGUUGGUCGACACUGCGACUGGCGAAGUCAUCACGAAGCCAAACCAGACGGGAGAGCUCUGGUCGAAGGGACCAAGAUUUGCAGAGUACUACAAUAACCCUGAGGCAACAGCUGAGGCGUUCACAGCUGACGGCUGGUACAAGACCGGAGACCUGCUGUAUAGAGAUGAAAAUGGUUACUACUUCUACGUGGAUCGUAUGUCCAGUGCCUUCAAAGUUAGACGUUACUUUGUAAUGCCCAUGGAAGUUGAGAAUGUGAUCCAUACGCAUCCCGAUGUGAUAGAGGCGUGUGUGGUCGGCGUGCCGCACCCCGAGGACGGCAAGCGCGCCGUCGCCGUCGUGCAGCGCCGAGUCGACGCCGCCGUCACUGAGCAACAGAUCAAGGACCUCGUUGCCAGUAAACUCUCAGACAGCAAACAUCUUCAUGGCGGAGUCAUUUUCGUAGAUAGUUUCCCGAGAACAGUCACCGGCAAAUUGAAGAGAACCAAAAUUCUCGAUAUGGUCUUAAAUGAGCAGAAUAUGCGUGAUAUGGAGAUUCCCAGCGUCGGCAACACGAAAAAAUUGAUAAGUACCUUUCAACAACUACACAGCUACGAAAACAACUCCAAAUCUGACGUUCCUCGAGUACCUUAUGGCCAUCGGCGCUUACGCUAUUAUUAAUGACUCGCCAAUACUAAUGCGGUGCCACUCUACGUAAGCCCCGACCGCCAUUAGGUACGUUUACCCGCCGAACGUCACAACUCACAAAUAAGCACGUCUUAUCGGGAAGAAGCUUGAGCGGUCUAAGGGGAUAAAUCUCAUUAAUAGUGCACUAUGAAUAAAAUGAGGCUGGUAACUAUCAAAUGUCAUCAACUCUAGUUCUCUUCUAUUAGAUUUGGCUUAGAGGGCUAGCAUCCAGACCAUAAAAUAAAACAAAAACAAAACAAAAAAAUUACAUUCGCAGGAUUGAUAGGUAAAUACUUUCUGGCGCCAUCUGUAUUUAUGUGAAUUAUUUUGUGUAAAUGUGAUCUUAUUUGGUUUAAAUUUAUUAAAAAGUGUGUUUUUAAUGAACCCUUUUGUUCAUAACCUUUACAAGCCCCAAUUCAAGCCUGACUAGUAAAUAUGAUCACGCGUGGUGUUAUAAUUUCUAUGGAACUAAUUUUUUCAUACUUAACUGAACUGUCACCCUAUACAUGAGAAUAACAGCGCCCUCUUGACAAUGAUCAUAAUUAUAUUUCUGGUCGGUUUUUACAUAGUUAAUCUAUGUUAUGCCUUUCUUAUAAAUACAUAAGACAAAAUGACGGAUUAAGACACACAACUUAUAUCUAAUAGUAAUUACCUAAAUCUUAUCCGAGAUUUGUUAAAAAAUAAAGUAUAGUUGUUUGUAUAUCAUAAAUAUACUCAGUAGAAGCGCAUGCAUGUUUCGUUGCUCAUAUCCAUUACCCGCUAUAGUUUUAAUAGUAAUAGAAUAGUUUGAGAUAGUUUGUAUACUUCCCCGAAGUUGUUUAGAAUUGGCUUUGUAAUUACCUUCUCCUUUGUAUUAUGUUAAGUUCAAACAUUUAUUUCUCAUUAAGUGAUUAUUUUUGUCAUCUUUUGAGAAAUAAACAUCGUAAACCUAAAGCUAUGUCUAGGAUAAAUUAAUAGGCUUGUUAAGACCCAUGUUAUGUUUUAAAUAAAUAAGUUUAUUUUCACCACACCAAAGGCUCUCUUGAUUGUUCAAAAACUAUUGAGAAAGUUGCAUUUUAUCCACAUGUGGGGCAAAGUAAUCAGAUAUAAUUUUUUAGUUUUGUUUCCUUAUGUUAGCUGGUAGAAUCGACAUGUAAAUGAUGAUUUUUUUUUAUUACGUUCAUUUAGAUUUAAUUUGGUUUAAUUUUUUUUGGUAUUUCACAGUUAGUAUUUUCCUCGCGUUCGUGCGGCGAAAAGUUUUGUUUCACUCGAAGACAAAGUUUGUUCAACCCUCGUGCCUUGAAAUCCUUGCAACACUCAAUAUUUCGCUUGCUCGGGUAUCAACAUUAGCACGAGCGGUUAAACAACAACUUUGCCCUCUAGUAAAACAAAUAACUAUUCUCAGCAAGUAAGUGAUUAUAUUUGUAAUCUUUUGAGAAAUAAACAUCUUAAACCUAAACCUAUUUCUAGGAUAAAUUAAUAUGCUUGUAAGACCCAUGUUAAUAUGUUUUUAAUACAUAAAUUUAUUUACUAUAUGUAAUUAUUAUGAUUAGAUGAAUCGCGAACUUGUUUAUGUAUCCAUAUGUUACAAUAUAAUUAUGGUUAUAAUUAGAACGAAUAAAGACAUUAUUAUCAGAUAUGUUUUAAUUGCCCUUCAGUUUUAUCGAAUUGAUGAUAAAUUUUGAUGCAUGAUUAAGGAUGACUCACGAUAGAAAAGCCUGGGACCGGGCCGGGGCGUCCGACAUUUUGUUUUCUAUAGAAAGCAUCACAUGAUCACCAAUUAUCCUUCAUAGAAAACGAAUAGUCGGACGCCCCGGCCCGGGUUCGGGCCGUUCUAACGAGAGUCAUCCAUUAGGCAGCUUACCUAGGAGAGAGGAGCGUAAAGCUUGUACCCCGCCUAAAACGAGUAGAGGCACUGUUUUUUGGCGAAAUUUAGGCGCCGUUAGUUUAGGCUCUUCUCCCAACGCAGCUCGCUGAGCACUGAGCGGACGGCCGUGCGUGCCCGGCAUCGUUAAAUAAAUAAAAUAAAAUCAAAAUUGCCAUUACGGAAAAUGUUUUUACAUAAUUUGAUGGUUUUUAACCACAGCUAUGCCCCUAAGUUUGUUAUUUUUUCGAUUUUUGAUUAUUGUAAAAAUUAGAAGGUGCGAAAAAUAGUUUUCAUACAAUUUUUUAAAUGCUCCUAACUUUUAUAAUAGUCAAAACUUCUAAAAAAAACGGCCAAGUGCGAGUCAGACUCGCGCACGAAGGGUUCCGUACCAUUCUCUAAAAACCGGCCAAGUGCGAGUCGGACUCGCACAGGAAGGGUUCCGUACCAUUAUUUAUAAAAACAGUCACCCAUCGAAGUACUGACCCCGCCCGACGUUGCUUAACUUAGGUGAUUGGAUGAGAACCUCGAUAUUGGAAAGAAAUAUUUAUUUUAUUCUGUUUUUAGUAUUUAUUGUUAUAGCGGCAACAGAAAUACAUAAUCUGUAGAAAUUUCAACUGGCUAACUAUCACGGUUCAUGAGAUACAGCCUGGUGAUAGACGGACGGACGGACAGCGGAGUCUCAGUAAUAGGGUCCGUUUGACCCUUUGGGUACGAAACCCUAAAAAUCACUUUUUUGUAUAGGGGCCCCAUUAAAUAUUUAUUUUAUUCUGUUUUUAGUAUUUGUUAACUAUAGCGGCAAGAGAAAUACAUAAUCUGUAGAAAUUUCAACUGGCUAACUAUCGCGGUUCAUGAGAUACAGCCUGGUGACGGACGGACGUACGGACGGACAGCGGAGUCUCAGUAAUAGGGUCCCGUUUGACCCUUUGGGUUACGGAACCCUAAAAACAAGCGUAGGGGCAUAGGUAUAUAGGUAUAACAAUAUACAUAAUGGAUAUAUACAGAGGAUUACUAUAACUAGGUUAAAUCUAAAAUAGGCCCUUGAGGCAUUGUACCUAGGAUGCUGGUGGCAUUUCCUUGUUGUAUCGCAAAUUCGCAAUACCGUUGUACCAAAUGCGUUGUGCGAGGAAGCCGCCAGCUCUUCGAUCACCAGUUUCGUGAUUUCGUCAACCAGACGUUUCGCGAUUUCUGCUAUGGUUAAUUUUCCAUAAAAAAUCGAAUUGACAUCCUCCUCCAUCUUUGAAGUCGGUUAAAAAACGCAGUAAUUGCAUCGACAUAAGUAAUUGUAAAUGUAGCGUGAAGCGUGACUCAUCUACCUGGGAUUCACCGGUAGGUAUGGCUUUACGAACUCCUUCGAUAACCACUCGAUGUUUCAACAGCUGCUAUACCGAGAGUUACAGAGUGGAUAGUAUUUCUUGAUAACAAAACUUUCCACUUUCAACAUCAUGCCCGCUUUGUAAUUUUGACAUAAUAUUAUUGGUCAAGUCUACGAUUGUUCGCGUCCGUACCAAAGAGCAUAUAAUCACUACACUUCCGUAGAGUCAUAUAAAAUAUGUUUAUUAAAUAUCACGCGAGAUGGCGCUGUACCGGGAGCGGCGAUUUCUACAUCGCGCUAUUGAAAUGUUUAUAGGUGUAUAAUGUGUGUGUAGGUGUAUGUAAAAAUUUUGCCAAUUAUUACCAACCAUGACAACUUCACGUUUAAGUUGAAUAUAUAUGGAGCAGAUCUGUUCCUAAGCAUGCCAAAAUAUUUAAUUAUAGUCAAUCCUCCUAAUGAGCGUCCUUUUUGAACGAGUUAGGAGUACAUACAUACAACGAUCGCCAAGACAAUCAAUUGAUUAAAGAUAGAGGCAGAUACCAGAUCAAGAUGUUUAUGAUUUAACGUGAGAGUCAGGAGAGCGGGUGUAAAUGUAAAUAAAAGGAGUUUACGGAAAACUCACAAAACUUGUACCUUAAUUUGCACUAUUUAGUAUCUCCUUUAAAUUUGUACCUAUUUAUUUAUUAUUUUUGUAUUUGUAUUUUUGCAGGUGUAAUUAAAAGUACACCCGCGAUUCUGACAGUCAGGAUCGCGCGAGUACCUUAAAAUGCAAUGAUCCCGAGAUUGCUCAUACAUUAUACAUUACAUACGAACCAAAUUUGCUUUAAUAUUCAAGUAUAAAUUCAAUCUUUUUAUUUGGAGUUUCCGAGUUUUACACUUGUUGUUUAAAUUGCUAUUACGUUACCGCAGGCGCUACUAUGCUACAACC